GAUCGGGAAAGGAGGGGCGAAGAGUUUGAAGAGCUGUCUUUGCUGGAGGACUGUUUUCCUGAAGCAGAGAGACUGAACCGGGAGACCAGAGCGCUGGCUCAGUGGAAGCACUACAUCCAGUGUGACGGGAGCCCCAACCCUUCCAUAGCCCAGGAAAUGAACACGUUCAUCAGCUUGUGGGAAGAGGAGACAAACGAGACCUUCGAGCAAGUGAUAGAGAAGAGUAAACUGGUGCUGUCCUUGAUUGAGAAGCUGAAGUUAAUUUUGCUGGAGACUCCCUCGUGUGACCUGAACAACAGAACCAUCCUGCAGCAUCAAGGGUCGAUCCUGCGCCUGCAGGAGCUCCUCAGCCUGAAGGUGGACGUGGCCACGGAGCUGCUUCUCCGGCAAGCUAGUACCUUAGCAGAUUUGGACAGUGGGAACAUGGAAAAAACCAUCCAAGAUGAGAACAUUACCCUGUAUGUGUGGGCAAACCUCAAAAAGAAUCCAAGGUACCGAAGUGUGAAAUUCGCAGACACAGAAAUCGGAUUUGAAAUCCCAAGGAUAUUGGCUACAAGUGACAUCGCCAUCCGGCUCCUACACACACGCUAUGAUCACGUCACCCCCUUGUACACCACUGACCUCCCUGAGGAAAAAGAACCCACCCCUGUCGUGUCAGAGCAUUUCAAAACAGCGGAGAGUACAGAAAGGGACAACAACACUGAGGAAAAGGUCUCUGUUGAAGAGAAAGCUGCCAGCCAGGAUGACCAGGCCGAGUCUAGACAGCAAGGAGAGCUCAGCAUAGUCCGAGAGGAGAUCAAGUUUGAGGUUCCGGGAGACAUUGACAUAAAAAGGAUUUCCUAUCGUGAAGAGGAAGAUGUCGAAACCACCAAAUAUAAGCUGGAGAUGAAGUUGCUAAGUGAGGCUGUCUCAGCAGCGCAGCUGCACCUGGUGGAGAAUGUUUCGGAAAUGCCAGAAGUGACAGACGACUACGAGGCCGACUUGUGCCACUUCUCUACCCUGGGUGGAGUGUACCACCUGGACAUCCUGGAGCUGCCCCCGCAGUGCAAACAAGUGAAGGGCUGGGUGUUGGUGGAGAUACUCCAAGAAGGAUUACAGAGGUUCGUGUACCCUCCAGAAACCGCAGAGGAACCCGACCCAGAAAACGCCUUUCCGCCCAUAGAGGUCACGCUGGAGGUCCACGAGAAGGUCGUCUUCUUUGAGGAUCCGAAGGUCAUAAGGUGGGAUGCUGAAGGUAAACUCUGGAGAACAGAUGGCAUCAGCAAUAUUGUUUACAACCGAGAAACCAGGCUCAUCACCUUCAGUUUGGAUACUGUGGGCCCUGUGGCCUUGAUUCAGGAUGCCCACAUAAAUAUGCCGUACCAAUCCUGGGAGCUGAGACCCCUCGAUGCAAACAAAGUCCUCAUGACUGUGACUACGCUUUUCCUCGAACUCCAGAUACACAUCAAGGAAAACCUCUGCAUGUUGGCUUCAAUCAAACUGGAGGACCAAGAUCGCUUGUCCCACUUGGAAGGGAAAUGGAUGACGCCCGCACCCUUCAUUCUGGCCUUGAAGGAAGCUGGGCUGAAUAUCUUCCCUACAGUGUACUCCCACUUUUAUGUCGUCAUCAACAAUAAGAUGCCCCUGGUGGAGAUGAAGGCCUAUCGGCAAAUGGCCCUGCUGAGCGCUGCCUUCUCAUUUCGCUGGAGCAAGUGGAACAUGGUCUGCAAUUCCACAAGAGUUGUGUUCUGGGUGAAGGAAGACCUGGCGGCGGCAGCGAAGGACCAUCUCCUCAUGUUCAGUGGUGAGAGAGCACAGGUGCUCAAGAUGAGGGAAGACAGUGACGUGUUCUCCGAGACCCUCGAAGAGGAGACAGAGUUUCACUCCACCUUGUACCACAUGGUGAAGGACUUCGCCUCUCCAGAGGCGAUGACGAAGGUCAGGCAUUCCAACUGCCAGUUCAUUGACUCGGUGUGCCACAUGCUGCUCUCCGUGCGAGUCCUCAGCUACUCCUAGUCCUCACGCCCGCCUGUGCGAGGGAUGGGGA